CCGCGCGCGCGCGCGACGCGCGGACGACGACUCGGACGCGCGCGCGCGCGUGGGUCGAACGACGACGCGAUCGAUGCGCUCCGAGAGCUCGCGGGCGACGCGUGGUCGGUGAAUCGAUACGAGAGUAAGCGUAAGGAGCACCGAACGACGGAACUGGGCGAUAUCGUCGACGAGAGCGCGUCGAGGGAUAACAUCGCCGAGCACCCGGGGUGGACCGCGGCGGCGAAGUUGAGGUUGUGCGUGGAGGCGGUGGCGGAUGAGCUCGAGAUGCGCGAAGACGAGGUCGGGGAGCGGUUGGGGACGUUGUUCGCGCUCGUGCCGGGCUUGGAGAGGAGGGUGGGAGAGGUCCUGACGGCGGACAUCGUGCGCUUGGCGGCGAGCGUGGAAGACGUGGCGAUGAAGAUUAUUCGGAUGCGAGACUUGCUGCCAGAGGCGAACCUGGCGAAGAUGCUCUCGACGCGGCCGAACCUGCUGCUCGAGAGCGACGAGGAGAUCGCGCGCAAGGUGGGUGAGCUUCGAGUGUCGUGUCCACGAUUGCGAUGGGACGCGAUUUUGUCCGAUUACCCCGAGUUGUGGGAGGUAAGAGACAUGCGUGGACACGUUGAGUUGUUGAGAGAAAAGCUCGACAUCCAGGACGACGAGGGCAUGACGCGACUUCUCAGCCAGAAGCCACUGUUGUUGCUCAGCGUGCAGAGUCGAAACGACAUGAUUAGUUACGAUCACGGUUCAUGGGCGCAGGUUCAGGCGACGGUGAACGGGGAUAGAUUUAGCGACGGUUGGUAG